AUGGAAAUAUCAAAUGUCUCUUCUCCGUCCGGCGGUGUCGCAGCCAUUUCUCUCAUAAUUCUUCUCCGUCCUCGGUUACUUGCUUAUGAUUCUACUAAUCUCUGUUGUUUCCGGUUGAUCAAUCGUCGAUCUUCUAAACUCGAAGGCGGAGGAGCCUUGUCGUUGUUUGCAAGUUUACUAGAAGAGUUUUGGUUUGUGUUGUGGAAUGGGAAACUGAGGCCGCUUCUGUCAAAGCCAAAGGGCCCAAACAGUUGGUUCUUUCAGGAAAGGAAUCACAAUGUUGCCAGAGGCAAUCUCUGCAAGGUUGAGUUGCAACUUGCAAAGUUAAGGAAGCUCUCAAGUAUUACUAAGAUGGAUAGCAGAGGAUACAACUCGACUUAUGAAACUCUGAGGGGAUAUUCUCUGUACAGAGCAAAAGUGUAG